AUGUCUAACACGAUGAUCCAGGCUAACAGCGUAGAGAGUGACCCCGAGGACUCGACCGGCAUGAACUAUGAUGGCCCUAUCAUCAGAUCCACUGUGCCCGGUCUUACAUUUCCGUAUCAGCAUCAAGGAGUCUCCAAGAUGAACUCCUUUGUGGCGAAACUUCUUGACGAUGAGGGAAUCCCAAACUUCAUCUGGGCGGAGCCAUUCCUCUCCGUCAUUGGCAUCCUCACUGCUGUUCCCUUCAACGCGUUCGUCAUCGCAGACGAUCUAAUCGAAAAGGCAGCAGAGGCCCUCGACAAGGCAAAAUUCCCCCAAUGCACCCAAGGCCACGAUGCCUGUACAGUAUUCUGGCACAAGCGCGACCACCCCUACCCAGAUUACCACUGGCACACAGACCUACGGUACCCAGUCACAGCCCCCAAAAUGACCCGCGGCGUCUUCCUCUACGGCAAGUCACGCCUCUUCUGGAAAUUCCCAGACCCAACCCUCGGUGUCCCGUCCCCCAAUGACCCUUACUACAUGCUAACCAGCGAUCGACGCAUCCUACAGGUCCGACGCGGUCCACAUACCGGCCCUGCCUCUCCAGAAGACUAUCCCGUCAAAAUGCCCGUUCCCGCUCGCUACCUCGAAGCCUUAAUGCUCCUCGAGCUCCGGGAUACAGGCGAGGCGAUGAUCACGGCGCACUGGGAGGUCGAGCUAGAUUAUUUGUGGAAUGAGAUUGCACAGAAGAACCCGAAUCUCCGCGUGACGGAUCUGGCCCAGCCGUGGCGCGAGUGGGCGAAGCGGGCGGCAGAUUUCACAUACCCGAAGAGGACAAGGGAUGGGAUUCCGGCGAGGGAGUUUCAACUGCUGCUUUAUGCUACGCUGAAGAAGGAGGGGGCGCUUCCGCCGGGCGUUCCUGGGAAUUCGCCCCAGUUGCCGUUGGCGGAGAUGAUGCGGGAUGCUGGAAUUGCGUGGCCUUAG